UUCUCGUAGUACGUUAGUUGAACUGCACAAGUCAUUCGUCAAGCAAACAACUUAAUUACUUGAAUAGAAUAAUUCAUAUUACAGAAUUUUAUUCCAUCAUAUACUGUUUUCAAACAAUAAAACAAUGUGGGCGAUUCAAAUAAUACCAAUAAUAGCUUGUAUUAGAACUUCAUUUUCCUUACCUCAGAAUGAUAAUUUAGAUGAUUUACUAAUCAAUGUCUUCGGACGCAAUCCCAAUUUGCAGCAACUAAAUAAUAUGGCACUGAACAUACUACCAUCGAAUGUUUCACAAAAUAUUGGAUUAAGUGCGUUAAUAGAUGAAGUAUUUAAUGCUAACUCUACCAGCAUUAAUAAAGGUGAUGAGAGUGCAGAUGAUAAAGUUUCUAGUGUAAAUGAUGACCAAAGUUUAUCAAGUAAUGACUGUGAAUGUGUACCUUAUUAUCAGUGUCAAAAUAAUAAUAUUGUUGAUGAUGGAGUUGGUUUAAUCGAUAUCAGAAUAAGAGGCGUUUGUGAAAAUUAUCUCGAUAUCUGCUGUAAACUUCCAAACAUUCUAGAACCCAAUAAUCGAGUAACUCCAAAGCCAAUAGUACGGCGAGGAUGUGGAAAUCGUCAUCCCGAUGGGGUAGGAUUCAGAAUAACAGGUCAAAUUGACAAUGAGGCACAAUUUGGCGAGUUUCCAUGGAUGGUGGCAAUUUUACGAGGAGAAGGAGUAUAUCAAAAUGGACAAAAUUUAAAUGUUUACCAAUGUGGAGGAUCUUUGAUACACAGUCGAGCGAUUUUGACUGCUGCUCAUUGUGUGAAUGGAAAAAGUUCAAGUCAGCUGAAAGUCCGAGUCGGUGAAUGGGAUACACAAACGAAGAAUGAACCAUUUCCUCAUCAGGAUCGAGAUGUUAUUAAAGUCAUUACUCAUCCUCACUUUCAUUCCGGAUCACUACGGAAUGAUUUUGCAAUAUUAAUUCUUUCUGAAUCCGUGCAAUUUGCUGAGAAUGUUGAUGUCAUAUGUUUACCAAAACAGGACGAUAUUUUUGAUGGCUCACAAUGUUUUGCCAGUGGCUGGGGCAAAGACACCUUUGGUAAAGAAGGGCACUAUCAAGUUAUUUUGAAAAGAGUUGAAUUACCGGUAGUCAAUCACAAUACUUGUCAAGAUUCGUUACGUUCCACAAGACUUGGAAAAUAUUACGUGUUACACAGUAGUUUUCUUUGUGCAGGAGGUGAAGCUGGAAAAGACACGUGUAAGGGUGAUGGCGGGAGCCCUCUUGUUUGUCCACUGCGAAAUGAUUCGGAACGUUAUGCUCAAGCUGGAAUCGUUGCGUGGGGUAUAGGGUGUGGAGAAAAUGGUAUCCCUGGAGUAUAUAGUAACGUAGCAAAUGCUCGACAGUGGAUUGAUGAACAGUUGUCCGAAAACAAUCUUAAUUAAAUUCAUUCAUUAUGUGUAUAUAAAUAUAUAUGAGUGUAUAUGCGUAUGUACAAACGUACGUACGCAUGUAAAUAUUCUGUAACUUUCGAACGGAUUAACCGAUUUGGCUUUUGGAGGUGGCGUAUGAAGCAAUUCAUCAAUUCUAACAAUUUUUGAGUAACUGAGCAUAAUCGUUGCAAGACAUUCGGAGAUACUUCAAAAAUAAAAUUGUUUCAAAAAUAUUUUUUUCGGAUAACUUUUCUCUAACCAACUCUAAAACUUUAUUGGCCGCGUCAAAUGAUACCGUAACCAUCAAAAUCGGUUCAUUGAUUCAAUAAAAACGGUUGUUAAAAGAAUUGCAAAAAAUUGUUUUUAUCUCAUGAAAUUCAAAUUGUUGAGCUAAUUGAUGGAAUUUUUUUCUUUGAACGUCGGUGAUUAAGAAACUGCAUCGAAUGUCACCUCUUACGUCAAAACAGCCUCGCUAUUCUAAUAUAUAUUGGUCAUUAAGAAUAAAAAAAAAACGAUUUACUUAAAUAUUUAUAGUUUUUUUGAAAUUUUUCAGAAAUAGCUCAAACGAUCGAUUUUAAAAUUUAAUCAGCUCUGGAAGUUAAUGGAGCGCUUCGAUUGCUGCCUCAAUCAUUCCAAUCGGUUAAUUCAUUCGAAAGACAUCGUUAGCGAAAGAAAUUGUAAGAACAGUUUUUCGCAAAUAUCGUUUAAACAAAUUAACCAGUUAUUCUCAAAACUUUAUCAGUUCUAGACUUCAAUAAAAUACGCCAACUACUAUGUUAAACAUCAAAAUCAGUUAAUUAAAUCAAAAGAUUUGGACGAUGAAAAGUUAAAAAAAUAACAUUUUAUGUCAUUUUUCUUAAAUAAAUAAUGUAAUAAACUAAA